UUAGCCGUAAACGUGCGGUCGUCGUCUAGUUUCAGUUAGUGUGGAGCUGUGAGCGGUGUUGUAGUUCGGUACAAACUGGUAUCAUCCUGCCGUAACCACUAUGGGAGUAGCCUGGGUGUGCGUACUCGUCGUCCUUUGUAGUAUCUUCCAGCAAGGUUUAGCCAUCACAUGCUACCAAUGUAACAGUCACAACGACUCCCGGUGCCUAAUGGCGAAGCUCCCAGACUCCCUGCGGCAGCCCUGCGGACCCAAGGACACGAUGUGCAGGAAGAUCUCUCAGAUUGUGGAGUUUGAGAUGAACGGCAUGCCGCCAGACAGCCGUGUGAUUAGAGGCUGUGGAUGGGAUGAGACUAGUUAUAAGGGCCGUUGCUACCAGCGUUCAGGCUUCGGCGGCAGACAGGAGGUAUGUUCGUGCCUCGAAGACGGCUGCAACUCGGCCUCCGUACCAGUCGGGGCCACCGCCCUCAUGCUCCUCACAUUUGCUAUCUUACGGUUCUAACAUGCAACACCGUAAAAACCACAUAUCAAUCAAUAGAAUGCAAAUAACUACCAAACGUAACACAAAUCAAAGAUAGGUUAGAGUAGAUGUACAAAACUGUGUUCAAAGAUUUAUAUUAUGUUUUUGUUAAUACCAACUUGUAAAUAGAUGUUAGUUACUGACUUACUAGCAACCUCGUGGUAAUGUGUUCGCUUAACGAGUAGGUGUUAUGUUAUGUGCAAUAUUCACUACAGUUGUAAAUGUAUAGCUUAUUGUUGUGUUUGUAUGAGAGUAUUUAUUAAAAAAUGUUUCUUAA